UAAGCUAGAGCUACUAGUACUGCUUGACCUACUACUAUGUUUCUUCUGCUUUUAUCUAUUUUCACUUGGAAUUCACUACUUGCUCAUGGUUGUAUGCUUGGUGACCUACGAUUAGUGAAUGGAAAUAGGACUAAUAUAGGAAGAUUGGAGAUUUGUAUUAACAAUGAAUGGGGCACUGUGUGUGAUGAUGAUUGGACUCACACUAAUGCUGAGGUGGUCUGCAGGCAACUAGGAUACUCUACUAUUGGUGCUCAAUAUUUCAGUGAAAAGUAUUAUGAUACUGAAAACAGGUCAAUAUUUUUGGAUGAUGUUGUUUGUUUGGGAUUAGAAGAUAACAUACUGCAGUGCAAUCAUUCAACCAUUGGAUCAUCUCAUAAUUGUAGUCGUUCUAAUGGUGUCAGUGUGCAAUGCUUUAAAACAGAUAAUGCCCUCUGCAAUACGGAAUUGGAUGAUCAGUUAUGGUCUGCAAUGAGUGCAAAUGGGAUCUGUGAAGCUUAUUACAAAGACAAAUCUUCCACUUCUAUCUGUGACCAUUUAUAUGAUCCUGAUAUUGAUUAUGUUUACAUUCCUUAUAAACGUCUUGGAGGCUCUCAGCAAGAUUUGAGACAAUUUGCUUUACAGGCAAAUGCAUUAAUAUUCCAAAUACCAGAACACUGCCGAGAUCUUGCCAUUAAAAUAAUGUGUGUUCAUUAUUACUUGCCUUGUGGUUUUAAUGGCACACUGCAUGUUCCUUUACCUAUUUGCUCUAAUGUCUGCUCAUACAUGUCAGAAACAUUGUGCCCCGAUAUCUGGUCAUUUGUUGUGAAAUUUCUUGAUUUGAAUCAAGUUGCACCAGGUUAUAGAUAUGAUGAAGGAAUCAAGUUACCAGUUUGUAAUAAUACAGCUAAAUUGAUUGAUUACUUGAACCUCACUAGUGACUGUUGUUCUGAUGGGGGCAUUAAAGUACCUCAACUAACUAAAACAGCAGCAAAAGUGAUUAAUACAUCCACUACACCUGUCCCACAUUCCACAACUAUUCAAACAACUAGAUCCAUACCUCUGAUUCCUGCCAGUGGCACACCAUCUGCCUCAAAUCAGCUAACAUCUGCCUUAAUACCAGGAAUGAUCAGCACUUCAUUACUGUUGCUGGUAGUGUUGGCAAUAGUAUUAUCUGUUGCUUGUUGCAUUAAAAAGGCAAGGAAUCGUAAACAACUUAUGAAUAAAGAGUUUUCCCUUAAAACUAAUUGUUCACUACUUUUGAAAAGCAACAAAGAAAAUAUCUACUUCUCCGACAAAACUUUUGAGAUAUCAUCUGAUUACACGAAUCAGUUGUCAAAGUAUAUAAUAUCAGGCUCAAGCAUUAAUGUGCAGGAGACUGCUGGACAAGGUGAGUUUGGUAUAGUUUAUCGUGGAGUGAUGACAAGAGAGAAUCAAAUGCCACAACCAGUUGCAGUCAAGACAUUAAAAGGUUUUUACAGUAAGAGUGAUGUUGAUUCUCUACUGGAUGAGUGCAUUAUAAUGAUGUCAUUUGAUAACUUAAAUGUAUUACCACUGAUUGGUGUGUGUCUUGAUCUUGGACCAGCUCCAUACAUUAUCAUGCCUUUCAUGUCAAGAGGAAGUUUAUUGUCUUACCUCAAGAAAGAGAGACCUAAUCUUACAGUAGCUGAUACCAGUGAAGAAGAUAUUAUACUGAAUGUCAGGAAACAGUUACUCUCCAUUUGUUUACAAGUUGGCAAUGGAAUGUGCUACUUAGCUUCACAGAAAUUCAUUCAUCGUGAUUUAGCUGCUAGAAACUGCAUGAUUGAUGAUGAUGGUAUCAUUAAAGUAGCUGAUUUUGGUCUAUCAGAAGAUAUAUAUUCUCAAAACUACUUCAGACAACUGAAAGGCAGUAAAGAUUCAUCAUCAUCACCUGUUAAACUACCAUUGAAAUGGAUGGCACUAGAGAGUAUUCACGAUGGACUGUUCUCUGAAAAAUCUGAUGUGUGGUCUUAUGGUGUAUUGUGUUGGGAAGUGUUCAGUCUUGGUAGAGUACCUUAUCCUGGUUUAGAUCCAGCAGGAGUUGUGGAGUUACUGGAUACUGGAGGAAGACUGUACACUCCAAAUAAUGAAGCAUGUUCAAAAGAAAUUUACUCAUUGAUGACUUCAUGUUGGUCUGAGUCUCCUGAUGAUAGGCCAGUGUUCAGUGAUUUAGUAUCAUCAAUCAAUGCACUCAUUGAACCAUUGGCUGGCUAUCUGGACUUCACUGACAUUAAUUCUUGUGUGGAAAAUGAUAUUAAAGCUUAAAAAACUUGUUUUAUAUUAUGUUAAUUGUGAUAGUUUUUAUACAG